UUCCCCUUUGCAUUCAAACAGGAAAAUUGUAUUUACGAAACAACUAUUCUUCCUCUUGAUGAAAAAUCAUUUGAAAAGUCUGUGACACCAAUUGUGCAAGAGUAUUUUGAACAUGGGGAUACUAAUGAAGUAGCGGAAAUGUUGAGGGAUUUAAAUCUUGAGGGAAUGAAAUGUGGCCUUCCAAUGCUGGCAGUGUCAUUGGCCUUAGAAGGAAAAGCAAGUCACAGGGAAAUGACCUCAAAACUCCUUCAUGAUCUCUGUGGAACUUUGCUGAGUACAGAAGAUGUUGAAGUUUCAUUUGAUAAACUUCUUCAGGAUUUGUCUGAGCUGGUUUUGGACACUCCCAGAGCACCACAGGCAAUACUCAUGGUUUUGGAAUCAAGUGGGGAUUCUACUUUUAAAAUGAUGCUAAAAUUGCUAGAAUCAUUAUGGAAGUCUGCUGUUAUAACUUUGGACCAAAUGGAAAGGGGGUAUGACCGAAUUUACCGUGAAAUUCCUGACAUUAACUUGGAUGUACCACAUGCGUACUCUGUAUUGGAGAGGUUUGUAGAAGACUGCUUUAAGGCUGGAAUUAUUUCUAAACAAAUUCGUGACUUAUGUCCAUCAAGAGGAAGAAAACGGUUUGUGAGUGAAGGAGAUGGAGGACGUCUGAAGUCUGAGAGCUACUAAUAAAUUGAAAGACUUAGGAGAAUCCUGUGUUAGGGAAUUUAAGAUGCUAAACACAAUUUUGUUUCAUAAAUAUGUACAUUGUUAUGGGUACAAAGAAUUUCUAAAUAGCUUUAUAAAUUCACAGUUCCAGCGCUAAUUGUUACCGGACUGCAAUGAGGGGACAGUUAAACUAUAUAUCAGGAUGGUUAACUAUAACAAGGUAAUCCUUUUGUAAGUGCCAUUUUUCUGUGACUUGAUCAUUCCGUGUUUCACACUGCUGUGUUAUAUCCACUUCCCUUCAAGGUCCAUGAUUAUUAUUUUUGUAGUAAAAUCACUGGAUCACACAAACCUUUUGUACUAUAGGUUUCAAGUUACUGUGACACAACUUUAACUGCUGCUGGAAAAAUACAUAAAUUUGGGAGUGGAAAGGGAGGAAAUUCUAGGAUUGCAUAAGCUGUAUACUUGGUUUCAGGGGUGCAAUAUUCUACUCAAGUCAAAUGGAAAUGAUAAUCUAAAAUCAAUUUAGCUGUUUUUAUUCAUUUUUUCAGAUGUUAUUGAUUUUGACUUGAAAGUUCAGCAUAUGGUGGCUGGAACAUCUAUUUUUCUACAAAAAAUGAAAACUGGAACCGUAAAUUGCGGUUUGGUAGAAUGUGAGAAUGUGUGUGCGAAACAUAUAUAGAACUUAAAAUAAAUAUGUUUAAUGAUGUA